UUCUCUCUCUCUCUCUCUCUCUCUCUCUCUCUCUCUCUCUCUCAAAUCAAAUCUUCGAAACCUCAAUUUGAACAACAGAAAGAUCGUUUCGUUUCGUUUCAGCCAAUCUGAUUGAAUCGGGUAUCAUGCUUGUGAUUCAGUAAUCGAAAAUUCUUGUUGAGGAACCCUUUUUCAUUAGAUGCAAACAUCCCAGAAAAGUCGAAGCUCAGGAGCAGCCAUCCACAGGUUGUAUCACCAACCAGACCAAGUUGAACCUUUCUGCUUAACUGGAUCAUAUUAUCAAAUCUUGAACAACAAUGGCUACCCCGAUGCCGCCACCAGCCGCCGCCAAGAUACCUCCGUUCAGUCGUUCCCUGACCAAUUCUUUACGUUGGAAUCAUCUCCGGCGGUAGACUUCUCUGCCUACAACUCACCGUUUGCCGCUAGCGUGUCGUCAAGUAGCCGAAGCCCGUUUUCGCCACAAGGGUCUUCUCAAUCAUGCGUAUCGAACUUACACAACUCUUCACCAGAGAACACUUAUGGAUCACCGAUUAGCAAUGGAUUCGAGCUGGCUUUGAGAGAAAUGAAGAUGGAGCUAUUGGGACCCGGGUCGGAUUUCGAAGAUGGGUCGAUUACGAGCUCGUUUGAUAACGUGAAUAGGUACCAUAAGAUGCUUCAAAUGGGAAUUUCGAAUUUGGAUUUGAAGCAAAUGCUCAUUGCUUGUGCUCAUGCAAUGGAUGAUGGUGCUAAAGAAGAUGUACAAGGACUCAUGGAAGUCUUGCAAUCCAAGGUAUCGGUUGAUGGUGAGCCGAUCCAACGGUUGGGAGCAUACAUGUUAGAGGGCUUGCGGGCUCGGCAGUUAUCAUCCGGAAGCGUAAUCUACAAAAAGUUGCGGUGUUACGAGCCAAGUGCGAAAGAGCUCAUGUCGUACAUGUCGAUCCUUUACGAAAUCUGCCCGUACUACAAGUUUGCGUACACGUCAGCAAACGUCGUCAUCAAAGAAGCAAUGCAAAAUGAGCGCCAAAUCCACGUUAUCGACUUCCUAAUUGCACAGGGUAGCCAAUGGAUCCAGCUCAUCGAAGAUCUCGCCAAGCGGCCUGGUGGUCCCCCAAGGCUUCGCGUCACGGGAGUCGACGAUUUUGACUCGUCGUACGCCCGUGGCGGUGGGCUCUCCCUUGUCGGCGAACGGCUCACCAAGUUCGCCCAAUCUCAAGGGGUCCCGUUCGAGUUCCAUGCUGCCGCUCUCUCCGGAAGCGACGUUGAAUGGGGGAACCUGAAGGUCGAGCCUGGUGAAGCGCUCGCCGUGAACUUCCCAUACAUGUUGCACCACAUGCCCGACGAAAGCGUGAGCACGACCAACCACCGUGACCGGCUAAUCCGCUUGGUCAAACGGUUGUCCCCAAAAGUCGUAACGCUUCUCGAGCAAGAAUCGAACACAAAUACCUCCUCGUUCUCCAAGCGCUUCGAGGAGGCGCUCGAGUAUUACACGGCAAUGUUCGAGUCGAUCGAUGCAAAGCUGCCGAGGAACAUGGAUUUGAGGCGGGACGACAGGCGGAGGAUCAGUGCUGAAGAGAACUGUGUGGCAAGGGAUAUGGUUAACAUAGUGGCUUGUGAAGAUACGGAUCGGGUGGAACGGCAUGAGCCAUUGGACAAGUGGCGGUUUAGGCUAGAAUCGGCUGGGUUCACGUCUUGUCCAGUGAGUCAUUCGGUGGUGAAGGCGGUUCAAGAGGUUUUGAGCGAGUUUAGCGAGUGUUAUCGACUCGGGCAGAGGGAGGGUGCGCUUGUUCUCGGUUGGAAGAACCGGCCGAUGGUAACGUGUUCGGCUUGGAGGUAAUUAGGGAUGAUAACGGAUGGGGUUGUAGGAUUAAUGUUGUAUAACAUGUAUUAUUACUGCUUUUGGACCAAAAAUACUCACAUGUGCCAUUGCUCUUUUUCUAUACACUUGUGUUUGUGUUUUUCU